CAAGAACGGACCCUGUCACGUUCUACGGACCGGACCUUGUCACGGUCGGGCUCGGUGCGGGCGGGGAGCCCGGGCACGGCCUCCGAGGACUGCUGUGCGCCGCGGGUGACCUCGUCCAGCAGUCUUGAGACAGCUCUGGGAAUGGGCGGGAGACUCACACGCCAGUUGUCGUUUGACGGUUUGUCCACACAGGCAAGUGACCACGCGAUGGUUGUUCCGACUUCCUCUCAGCUUUCGUCCCGACCGCGCGGCCGGCAGGCCGCUGGAGAGAGCCCUGUUUCGGGCGUUGAGUGGCAGGAUUUUUCGCUUAGAUCUUCUAGCAGAGGGGCCUCAGAAGUUGAAUCGGAACGAGUUUCAGAAGAUCCGGGCACCGGGUUAGGGCACGUCGAAGGAGGUGAAGAUUUGGUGGCCGCUCCCUUGCCAGCGGCUGCGGCAUCGUCCAUUGCGGACGUGACCCACGCCCCCGGUCCUGGUCUUCGCUGGUGUUUGUUCCAGCAGGCGAGUCUGCUGGCCGUGCUGCAGGUGGC